GACCACAAAGGCCAUCGCCAUCCAGCAACGCCCAGCGACCAUCGAGCCGGCUCCGAUGCCAUGCCUCCCAAGCGUCGCCGCUCAAGUGCUGACGAGUCCAUACCGCUUCCAGUAUCAAAGAGAACACGAACGAACUGCCCUCCCGACCACCUUUCCGACCUCUCAGACGAACUCCUCAUCCGCAUCCUGCAUCUCCUGCCUAUCCAGACCCUCCUACAGUGCCAGCGUCUCUCCCGCCGCUUCUAUGCUCUCGCUGGUGACUCUCAAAUAUGGAAGAACCUAUACUACGUCCGAUUUGUGCUCCCGCGAGCUCUUCGGAUCCCAGGAAUCAAGGCGGCGCAUCCCGACGAUGUUCUGAAUUUCUCCUCCAAGAGGAGCAAAUGGCUAGAUGAGAACUCUCUCGUGAAUCGUGCAGAUGGAAAGAAGACAAAUUGGAAAAGGCAGUACAAAUUGCGACAUAACUGGUCGAUUGGUGCUUGUGAGACACAAGAGAUUCACCUGGCGGACCGCCCGUCUGUACCCUCGACGUUGGUCAAGCUGGCCGAGAGAGUAGUUGUCACAGCGGAUAAGGAAGAGGGGCUGAGGGCGUGGGAUUUAAAGGGGAAGGCGUUGGUUGCGGAGUGCCAGUUGGAAAAGGGACUCGUGCCUACUUGCCUGGCCGUCGAUGAGCAGCAGUCAGAGACCAGUGGGCUAGGAAUUGCUGUUGGGUUCGCGGGUGGCGGGUGGGGGAUCUGGAGGCUUCACGUUGAGCAGAGGACCUUCGCGCAGGCGUACAGACACCCUGAAUCGAGUAACGGGACGCUGGGUGCAAUUGCGUAUGCAAAUCCCUACAUUCUCACCAUCACCGACUCGCAGCUGUUGUCGCUCUAUACCUUGGGCCGAGAAGUUCCCAUUCGAGAUGCUGACGAGAUCUCGCCCUCGGUGGAAAACGUGGAAGAGAUCCCUUCGAGGACAGAAAGCCCGUCUUCGAAUUCACCCCAACCUCGCCUCCUCGCCUCACUCAAGUCACACACCUCCUGGCCACCCCUAUCUCUCGCAAUCCGCACGACGUCCAGAAGUCUCAUAGCUAGCAUCGCCUAUUCGCUCCCCACCUACCUUUCCGGGUACACGGUGGGCCUUCAGGAACUUCACCUCUCCCUCACCACGGGCCUCGUCACAUUCUCCCGAAUCGCAUCUGCGCUCCCGCAAGGCUUCUCCUCUCUAUCCUCCACGCUGCCAUCUUCCCCAUCCCCCUCUCCAUCACCUGGCUCCCACUUGAGUUACUCUCACCCCUACAUCCUAGCCACGCACCCCGACAACACCCUUACCCUCUACCUCUGCACCUCCGACCCAACCACGCUCUCCAUCUCCCCCGGGACCAAGCUGUGGGGGCAUACCUCGUCCGUCUCCGCGGCAGAGAUCACACCGCGGGGGAAGGCUGGAGGAGAGGAGAGGAGGAGAGGGAGAAGAGAGAAGAGAGGAGGGAGCAGAGAGGGGGGAGGCGUAAUAAAUAGAACUGGCGGUUGGGUUCUGCCUAACCUGUAGCAAUGCAAUGCAAUGCAAGAGAAGGAGGAGAAGGAGGAGGAGAAGAAGAAGUAGAAGAGAAGAAGAAGAAGAGAGGAGGACGAGGAUAAUGAUGAUGAUGAUGAAGCCAAGGAGGACUUGCACCUCUGGUGGACGAUUGGGGCCCGUGACCCGCGGGGGAGUGAUUGUUGCCUGUGAAUCAGAUCAUCGAUGAUAACAUGUACAUGGCAGUGCCGUACCUCACACCUCGCACCUCGCACCUCGCACCUACUUGCCAGUCUUGUUGCCCGUGCCCGGUUCCCCACCUGACUGGAGAAGGCGCGUGGGCCCUGGGCGGGUGGAUUGGAGGAUGGAGGGUGAGUGGUGAGUGGUGGAUGUUGGCAGAACAGAUGGAGGGUGGUGAGAGGUGGAUAUGUUGGUGGAUGGUGGAUGGUGGAUGGUGGAUGGUGGAUGGCAGAUGGAGCAAGUGAUGCGGCAUUG